UGUUGAGGUAUGAUGACAACAAAGGUCAGCGGCUCGCCUUUCCUGAAGCCCUUCUUCCUGAAGACACCAGUCCGAGUGGUCAGCCCUCUGCACCAGAGACGCCACACACUCCCUGCCAGCGAGUUCAGGAACCUCACAUCUCAGGACGCCAUCAGCGUGUUUGAAAUCGAGAAAGAAGCUUUUGUUUCUGUGUCUGGCGAGUGUCCGCUCACGCUGGACGAAGUGCUGAACUUCCUGAGUCUGUGUCCUGAGCUGUCCCUGGGUUGGUUUGAAGAGGGACAGCUGGUAGCGUUCAUCAUCGGCUCAGGCUGGAACAAGAAAAGGCUUUCACAGGAGGCCAUGACUCGGCACGUUCCAGACACCCCCACCGUGCACAUCCACGUGCUGUCCGUGCACCGCCACUGUCGACAGCAGGGCAAGGGCUCCAUUCUUUUGUGGCGCUACUUGCAGUACCUGCGCUGCAUGCCGGGUCUCCGGCGAGCGCUGCUGAUCUGCGAGGACUUCCUGGUGCCCUUCUACCUCAAGGCUGGCUUCAAGCAGAAGGGGUUGUCUGAAAUCUCUGUGGCCAACUUGCGCUUUCAAGAAAUGGAGUAUUUGCUCGGUGGGCAGGCGUAUGCACGACGAAACAGUGGCUGCUAG